AUGGCUGAGGUGACCAACAACGGUGAGUUGUCCAAGUCUGCCAAGCGCCGCGCUGCCAAGAAGGCACGUGACGAGAAGUACGUCGAAGAAGCGGCACCUCCGCCUGCACCGGAGCCGGUGCCGGAAAAGAAGCCGAAGGCGAAGGCUGCGGCUACGCCGGAGCCGAAGGCCAAGGCCAAAGAAGCUCCAAAGGCGGCGGCGAAGCCCAAGGCGAAAGCCAAGGAAGAGCCGGCCAAGCCGGAGCCGAAGGCCGCUGCGGCCAAGGGCAAGGCGGCCGCGAAGGCCGCCGCUGCCCCGGAGGCUGCCAAGCCGAAGGGGGCAGCGAAGGCAGAUCCGAAAGCAAAGGCGGGGGCUAAGGCGCCGGCCCCUGCGCCGGCGCCGGAACCCAAGGCGCAGGCGAAGGGGAAGGCGAAGGCCAAAGCCGAGCCGGCUCCGCCGGCGCCGGCGGCCGCCAAGGCGGCGUUGCAAGAGCCGGAGAAGGAACGCGCGGACCUCGUGCAGCCCUUCGAGAUGGUGAUGGCCUCAAGAGGUUCCGAAGAAACGACCGAGGACGACGGCACCGGAGGAGACUGGGAGCAGUCGACGGGGCUGUCGAAGAAGGCUGAGAAGAGGAAAGAGAAGGAAGAGCAGCGCAAGCGCGAGCAGGCCAUUGAGGCAGCCCAAGCCAAGAAGACUGUGCCUGGCAUGGCGCCCACGAACACUGUUCCUGGCAUGGCCCCGCCAAAGGCAGCCUCCAAGGAGGAGAUCGCAGCAUUCAUGGCGGGUGUCAAGGAGAAAGGCGCCGCCGCGCGGGCACAGGUGGAGGCGGAGAACGCGUGCCCCCCGGAGUGCCCCCGGGCCGAGAAGACCAGCAUGCACACCGCCCAGAUCAAGGUGCCGGAGAACAAGACACUUGGAUGGCGAGAUGGGAUCGGCAUCGUCAUCGGCCCCAAGGGGUCCAAGAUCAAGCUGAUCCAGGAGAAGACCGGUGUUACGCGCAUCGACACGUCUGGCGAGAUGUUCACCAUCGUUGGACCACAGCAGGCUGUGGAGAUGGCCUAUGCUGCCGUUAAGGAGUUGAUGGAGAAGGGGUAUUGCUCCAUGGCAUUCGAGGACUUCAAGGAAGAGGCUGUUCCCGUGCAUCCCUCGGUUUUCCCCGACCUCAUCGGCAAGGGGGGUGUCACCAUCAAGGCUUUCAAAAGCGAGUUGAACGUCGAGAUUACCAUCCCGGGCGAUAUUCCGAAGACUGCAACUACCGGCACGAAGAAGUACAAGGUCACCCUGGCCGGCAAGAAGGACGAUGUGAACAAGGCGAAGCAGGUCAUCGAGAACAUCGUCUCGUACGGCUACCACGAAAUCACACAUCCGGGACAGACCCAUGAAGAGAUCGAAGUGGAACCGUGGGCCUACAAGUUCUUGAUUGGCAAAGCCGGUUCGGAGCUGCGUCACAUUCAGAACAACUACAAGGUAAAGGUGAACAUUCCUCGUGAGCACUCCGUGUGUCAGAACGUGGUGGUCGUCGGUGUACCCGGCGACGUGGCCCGUGCAAAGGACUACAUUGACAACGUGCUGUGGAAGGCGCAGAACCAGCCGACAGGUCGCCGGGAUGGAGACGCGGCCAUUGACACCUGGGGUCAGGAAGAUGAGGAAGAGGACUGGAUGAAGGCGUACAUUUACAAGCGAAAAUGA